UCCAGUCAAACACUCAACUAUGCAUAUGACUUUCUGGUUUUUGUAAACCAUCGCCGGCACAUUUUCUAUAAAAAUUUCAAGAAUUGGAGUAAUAUCUCUUUCGUAUUGCUUUCUCACAGCCUGGGAAAAAAGUUAAGAGUAAAAAAACAAAAAAAAAAAUGGCCGAAACCACGGUACGUUUCGGAAUAUUGGGCUGCGCUAACAUAGCACGCAAGGUAUCGAAGGCCAUUACGCUCGCGCCCAACGCCACCAUCUGGGCCAUCGGCAGCCGUUCGAUCGAAAAAGCCUCGAGAUACGCUGCCGAGAACGGCUUCCCGGCGUCGGCUAAAUUGUACGGCAGCUACGAGGCCGUGCUGGAUGACCCAGAGGUGGACGUUGUGUAUGUGCCACUCCCGACCAGCCUGCACGUGCGCUGGGCGGUCUUGGCCGCCGAGAAGAAGAAGCACGUGCUGCUGGAGAAGCCGGUGGCUUUGCACGUGACGGAGCUGGACACGAUCCUUGAGGCAUGCGAAUCCAACGGUGUGCAGUUCAUGGACGCCACCAUGUGGAUGCAUCAUCCUCGGACGGCUAAGAUGACAGAAUUUAUCUCAGAUAAGCUCCAUUUCGGAAAACUCAAAUCGUUACACACCUCCUUCACAUACGAUGCUGGCGCAGACUUUCUCAAAAAUGACAUUCGCGUGAAGCCUGAUCUCGAUGCUUAUGGAGCUCUUGGUGAUGCUGGAUGGUACUGCAUCAGGGCAAGUCUUUGGGCUGCAGACUAUGACCUGCCCAAAACAGUAACAGCUUUGCGCGAACCGGACUUCAACGAAGCAGGGGUGAUUCUAUCAUGCGGAGCUUCUCUUUGGUGGGAGGACGGGAGAAUAGCAACCUUCUAUUGCUCUUUCCUUACCAAUUUUAGCAUGGACCUAACUGCUCUCGGAACAAAGGGUUAUUUGCGUGUUCAUGACUUUGCUGGUCCUUUUCAAGAGAAUGUUGGGACAUUUUUCAUAGCUUCGAAUUCCAAGUUUGGGGAACGCGCUCUAGGCUGUGAACCGAUACCGGGUGAGCACAUUGUCACGACCGAUCUUCCUCAGGAAGCUCUCAUGGUGACAGAAUUUGCUACUCUGGUUAAUGGUAUUAAGAGUAAUGGCUUGAAGCCGGAGAAGAAGUGGCCAACCCUCAGUAGAAAGACACAAUUGGUUCUUGAUGCAGUCAAGAAGUGGCCAACCCUCAGUAGAAAGACACAAUUGGUUCUUGAUGCAGUCAAGGGAUCGAUCGCCAAGGGUUUCGAGCCCGUUGAGAUUGUGAAUUAAUUAAUUGGAGAUAAUUGUGUGAUCACGUACUUGUUUUGCAGGCUGCAGUUUUUAUACUACUAUUACAUUAUUGAUACUGUAGUGCUUGGACCAUGGUUUUGGACUUUGAAUGGUUUGCUCAAAAUAAAUGAACCUGUGCUUUUCGGGUUUGAUGAA